GGAGCCGGCAGCUGGAAGCAGCCGCCGCCCGCGCUGUGCGGGGCGAGGCGAACCGAGGCAGGGCGGGGCCGAACGCGACGGGAAGGAAAGGCCGAGCGAUCUGGGAGCCUCGUCGAGCCCGCCUGGCUGCAGCAGCCGCUCACCGAACGCAGCUAUGGGGCUGGAGACUGAGAAGGCGGACGUCCAGCUCUUCAUGGACGAUGACUCCUACAGCCGGCACAGCGGCGUGGAUUACGCCGACCCAGAGAAGUUUGUGGACUUGGGCCAGGAUCGUGAUCCCCACAGACUCAACUCGCAUCUCAAGGUGGGCUUUGAGGAUGUGAUUGCAGAGCCUGUGACAACUCACUCGUUUGACAAAGUGUGGAUCUGCAGCCAUGCCCUUUUUGAAAUCAGCAAAUACGUGAUGUACAAGUUCCUGACUGUGUUCCUGGCUAUCCCCCUGGCCUUUGCUGCAGGAAUUCUCUUUGCCACUCUCAGCUGUCUGCACAUCUGGAUUGUAAUGCCUUUUGUAAAGACCUGCCUAAUGAUCCUGCCUUCAGUACAGACAAUAUGGAAGAGUGUGACAGAUGUUGUCCUUGCCCCACUGUGCACCAGUGUAGGACGCAGCUUCUCUUCCAUCAGCCUGCAACUGAGCCGAGACUGAACACUUGGACCCCAGGUCUAGAGAUUUGGAUACUGUAAUACUUUUGUGUUGUUAUGUAAAAGCACUACUGAUAUGUUCUACUCCCAACUGUUCUAAUAAAGAAAACUAUUAAGAUGGGCAACCACCUUUAGAAGUGUUUAUUGGCAGAUAUUUUCCAAUAACGCUUUUCUAGUAAUAACCAAGGAUUUUAUACUUAGCAUUAUAACCAGAAUUACACAGUAGGUUGGAAACACUUCAUUUUAAAGGCCAUUUUUGUUUUAGUACAAAAGUCAAUACUUCAUAAUGAGCAAAGAUAUUUUCCUUAAAUAGUACAGUAGUUUCGUGCACACUAGUUCAGAAAGAAUGAGACUUUUUAUUUUUUUACUCUGGAAGUAAUAUCUUUACACUAACUUUGCAGAUAAAGACAUAGGGAGGAAUAUUAAAGACAAGAAGUGCCAAGAUCCAAGAAAUUGUAGUACCAAAAGUAUACAGUGGUGAUGGGACUAUCAAAUAUUAUAAAAUAAAUAAAUGUGAAACUAGAGUCUGAAAAAUUGUGUUCUUUAAAUAAGGCAUUGUUAACCUACAGGUCUAUUUAACAAGAUGUUUCAUUUUACUGUAUAUUUUGUACUUUAAUAUAAAUGUUGCUUUAACCUAUUGCUUUAAUGCACUUUUAUUAUAUUCGUUAUUUUGUUAAACUAAUGUAUCUCCCUCAAGGAAUUUUAUUGGGAUGAUUGCACUGUCUUGAUAUAAUAUGCAUAUAUGUCCUGAGAAUAGAAUGUAAAAAGGUGUAUACAAGGAUAUUUCCAAAUGUUUCCAAGCAAUGUCCUGAACUUAUUUUUAUCUUACAUUUAAAAUAAGAUAGAUAUGAUCAUAAAAUAAUACAAAUCUAACUGAUACUUUGUCUAGGAGAUGCUUGCUCUCUGUAUUGUUAGCAACACCUGUAUUUUGCAUUCAUAUUUAUGUUUCACUCUCCUUAAAGUAAUAUUGGUGCUACUUAAUAACAUUUUACUUAAUAACAUACAAUAAGGCUAUUUCUAAAACUUUACUACAAUUCCAACUACAGUGAUUCAUCAACAGAAAUGUAUGAGGUUGUCAAGUUGUUGGAUUCACACUACUGAUAUAUAUACAUAAUUUAAAACUAAUAGCUACAAAUGUAUAAGAUAUUAUCUAUUAUCUAACUUGGGAUUUGUUAUAUCAUGGAAAAUCAUUCUUACAGUUUUGAAGGUCAGUCUUAUUUAAUGUUAUAAAUCACUUUGUUUAAAAAUAAUCUCAUUAGUCCAAGAUGAGGCAUGUAUAAAAGAUGUCUAUGUCAGUGGUUACUCUAAUUCACAUAUAUUGUAAAAUUGUGUGUUAAAAUUUAGUAUUAAUACAGAACAUUAAUUAACAUUCCUUUGGAUGUCUUCAUGGAAGAAAAAUUCGUAUUUAAUAAAAAUUAAUUGUAUUAUUUCAAAUUGACAGAGCUGGUGAAUAUAAAGGAUGAUUGAACUGGAAUACUCCAGGGGACCAAAUAAUGAAUGCUUAAAGUUUGAAAUAUCCUUUAGAUACUACAAAAGAGAAAACUCUCAUCUUCAUUAUCUUAAAGCAUUACCACUCAAUUGUAUAGAUUUCAUUAUGAUAGUUACCAAGUUAUACCAGUCUCAUGACUUUAUAAUUAUAUUUUACAUUUAGUGUUUUUUAAAAAAUAUUUUGAUUUAUUGACUGACCAAAAUAUUGACUAAUAAACUGUCUACUUAAAUCAGAAACUUUUAACUUUUUAAAUAGUUAUUGGCAAGUUUUAAAGGCAAAAUAUAUAGACAUAAUCAUAUUGCAAACCUAUUAACUUUUAAUAAGUGAUACAUAUACUUUAACUAUUUCUGCAGAGCACUGAUUACUUUCAAAAUGAAUUUUUAUUGAGCUUUGUCAUUAACUGAAAUUUUAGACCACACUGGCCUGGGUUUCAGGUGCAAAAUGAUAGCUCUUUUAUUUGGGAAUGUGGAAAAGGUAGGUAAAUGAGACUUUCUCAAUAUCCAGAAUAAACCUGAAAAUUCAUAAAAUGUGUCCAUUGGUUUUAUUGCAUUAGAUAUUAAACUGGUCAAUAAGAAACUAUUUCAAGUUUUUACCUAUUAAAAACUCACUGUGUGUGUGUGUGUGUGUGUGUUAUUUAUUCAGGGAUAUAUUUGUGAUUAAAAUAUGUAAUUGGUAAUUUAAUUUUUUUCUCAAAACUUAGAUUCCCUAUAAAUUUUUC